CCACCUCUUGGAGUGCGUCAGAAGCGCAAUGCACGGCUAGCACUGGGCGUCGAGUUCUGUCUUCCCGUCAAAGGCGAAAGCACGUGCUUCUACAUCCCCAAAUUUCCUAAUGCCAAAAUCGCUUAGCUGACACCGACUUUGCCGAAAUAAGCCGGCCACAAAUGUAUUCAAUGGAGAUGAACAACUUGAUCAACUGUAGGAAUAUGGAGCAAGUAUAUUUUGACCUCCUCUCCGGACCCCUUCUAGAAGAUGAUGAUAAGGAUUUGCUUGACUCGGACUUGCCAUUUGAACUCCCCGACCCAUCUGUUGUUUUCGAAUCAGAAGUGGCGUGCUGGGUGCAGCAGAGUCCCAUUUGGGGCAAAAAUGUCCCUGAUAUUAAAAAUUCAGUAGAAGAGGAGGUUGAAGGGGACAUAAACUGGGUGAGUGAAAUACCUGGCUGGAUCAAAGAGGUGCCAAAGAUAGAGUCUUCAGAGGAAGAUGAGGUGGAUGUUGUUUCUGUUGACGACGACACGAAGUCUCUUCAAAGCACAGAGCCUAGCACACCUACCAAGACAGACACUCAGCCUUUGCCAGACAAGAGCCCAAAGAAUGCAGCUGAAGGAGCACCUGUUGUUUCCAGUUCUCUGCUAGACCGUAUGAAAGCAGCCUCUGCAAAAAAGCGCAGUCCAAUCUUGAUUCAGCCUCCUGAACGAAGUCGUCCAUCAAAGAAUGACGCAGCUACCAACACAGCGCCAUGUCCUGCUGCCACCCCUGACCAUGACUACUGCACAGCAGCCAAGGGUGGUUCCAGGGCUGAAAACCACUCAGGGAAACGUGAUCAUGCUGUGGUGAGACCUGUGUCCAGAUCACCAUCUGUAACCAGGAGCUACCGCCCACAAAAGCGCAGCGUGGCAAGGCGGCCUUCACGAUCACCUAGGCGGCGGCGGCGGUCUCGCUCCAGCUCUCCGUCUUCGGGAAGUUCUUCAUAUGGAUCCUCUGAUGACUCAGUGCGACGGCGGUCUAGGUCAUCUCGGCGUUCUCGUGACUGCCAUAGUUCAUGGCGGCCGCAGCACUGCCAAAAGGAGCCACGGAGGUUUAUGCCUUCCCCACCACGUCGACGAAUUCCAGAUCAAAAGGAAGAAAGACGUGUGAUUUAUGUUGGAAACAUCCCCGAAGGGACAACUCGGCUUGCUCUGCGUGAAAGAUUUGCUCGUUUUGGUCACAUAGAGGAAGUCAGCGUGCACUUCCGGGAUCACGGGGAUAACUACGGGUUUGUAACAUUUCUGCGGGGCUCUGAUGCGUAUGAGGCUGUCGAACAUGGCAACGAUGAUCCCAAGCUUCCGCGCUUCGACCUCUGCUUUGGUGGACGCCGACAGUUCUGUCGAACCAACUGGGCUGAUCUAGACUCUCAGUACGAGAGGUAUUACUACAUCCAGCGAGAGCCACAUGUUAACAACCUUGACUUCGACAGCCUGCUGCAAGCAGCGAAGUCGAAAAUCCAAGGCUCCCAACAAUACUGACAUCUGUGGACCUUAUGGUGUUUUCCUUUUAAUGGCGCCACACCCGUAGAGGGUUGGCUUGUGCCUGGACUGCUAUUAACUUAUUCUUCUGAUGAUGUGAGGUGCUAUAUAGAAAUCAUAUUUAAUGUGUACAGAAUCCUAAGUGGGCUAGGAGAGUGUAAAUACAUGCGGGGUUCCUUUUUAAUCAUUUAUGACCUUAAUGGACUGAAUCGUCCUGAAGACGAGCGUCAGGCGUGGAAGUGUUUUUAUGGCUUGGCAACUUGUUACUAUUACUCUCCUUUGUUAUUUCAUGCAACACUUUUUUUUUUUUUUUUGCUGAGUGUUGCAGUACUUUUGUGGCCAUCGUUAAGAGAUUGGAGCAUUAUAUUUUAUCAUGUGUGCCAAGCGCAAUAUUGUUGCUUACUCUUGUUUUAUUGUUUUGCCAUGCAAACAUGGAACAUUUUGCCUUUACAAUCUGGGGCAGGGAUCAGGGAGCAGUUUUUCUUGUACAUAUCCAUGUAUUAUAGUGCAAAUGGCUGAUUUAUGUUCAAAUGUCUUAGUGCAGCAUGUCAUUGUAAUUUACCUAGUAACUAAUAGUUUUCAUUGAACAUUUGUGUAGUCCACCACAUGUUCCUUCAUGUUCAACAUGAGCUGUUUUGAUGGGAUUUAGUAACCAACCAUUCAGCAUGUGCUGUUAAGGGGCAGCUCUGGUAAUUUCUUUUGGUAUACACAUCGCAUCACAAAAGUAUUCAUUGUAUGCAGUGCGCAAACAAUUUAUUCGUUGUGGUUGAACUUGUCUCAAGAUGUCGUUGCCAGCCCUCUUGUUCCAUCGACUACCUGUUCUAGCAUCAGCACUGAUGAUGCAAGCGGCAAUUCUCUGGGCUGCCCAGUCUGGUUUUCGUUUUGUUUUCUGCUUAUUUAAAACGAUUUCUGCAUUCUUAUAUAAAUUGAGCUAUCUCACAUGUGAAACAUAACCAGCCUGGGAACCCAUUGGUCUCAGAUUUGAUAACCCUGGACAAGGACAAACUUCAACUGUGAAGCAUCGUGAGAAAUCGGAGUUUCCUUUAUAGCUUCGUGCUACUGUUGGGUUGAAGACAAUUUUCUCAUCAUAAAGGGCCCCUCACUGGCCAUGCAGCAAAUUUUGGUUAUACGCUGGAAGUUGUUACAUGCCUUCUAGAGAGUGUUUUAUCACAAGAAUUUUAAACGCAUAUGCAUUUCUAUGCCUACACAACGAGGAAACUCGUCCGCCUUGUAAGGCGACCGCUUUCAUUAUAGGGCCCACAGCGGCAAGUGAAUUUACCUUCGUGCUGCCUCUCACUUCAACACAAACUAAGCGGCAAGAACACCGUGCACAUAAAGCUAUCGGCGCACUGUGUCCCUAUCGGAGAUCACCUUCAACACGAGGCCUGCGCAUCUCGCUUCAACGCGAGCUAAGCGGUGAAAACACAGCACACAUGAAGCUAUCAGCACUCUGUGCCAUGCCAUAUACAACCGCUGCCAGAAUAUGGUUCAUCAUGGGUUAUAGUAAUUCGACACAGAUGGCGCUAAAGAGCAAUAAUGGCUAAUGUUCCUGUAUAUGCUCCCGCAGGGAGCAGAGUUGCGCAUAGGUUGGCCGUCGUGCUCCAGCUCUGCAGCGAAGCCACUCCUCGCGCGCGCAGGAGCCAAAUGUCGCGCGGUGUUCCGCCUUUUUCUCUAGUGGUCGCGAGCUACAAGCACCAAUUGUUCGCAGGCGCUUAGCAAAGGGCACUUCUUAAUACAGGCUACACUCGAACGAGUCAUUCGUGCAGCCGAAGGGGGUGGGCUUCCAACCAACCGAAACUUUGUAUGUACCUAUGUAAACACGCAUAUACAAACACACACACGAACGUACAAAUAGAGGGUAGGACCGCCUUCGAUUCCCCAAAAUAAAAUACUCCCGCGGCUCGAACAGCUCCAAAGAUCGCUCGCAAACGCGCAGUACGUUGCCACAAAAAGCAGUGCAAUGAUUUUCAACAUGCAUAUGAAGUUGUCUUAUCAUGGUCAGAAGGCAAGAAAUGUUUCAAAGAGUGUUUAAAGAAAACUUCACACACGUAAGGUGGACACUUAGCGCAUUUUGGCUGCCGAAACCAGCCGAUUAAUGACCGUCGCCAAGAGAGCUAUCCUGCCUGCAGUUAUGUCAGUGACCGUUAACAGAGCGUCAUUUAUCACUAGCCACCGCUCACAACAGCUGCACGUUUUCGAUACAUGCGGUGCAGACGCAGAUUUAAGCGCAUUUCAAAUGUUCACAUGCGCACAUUUUAAGCAAGGCUUACUUUUACGAUUCAAUCAUACCGCAGACUAAUCAGCUAUUUAGUAGCAGCAAAUCUGCAAGUAGAAAAAGAUUCAAGAUGCAAGAGCUUCUAGAUCAAAUUUAUUUCAUACAAGGGAAUGCAUGACCGGCUGCUGGCAGCAGGCCAAGUGUGCUGGUUCUUGGAACCUUAGGGGCAGAAUUCAAAGAAACUGGAAAGGCAACAAGCUAUUAAGAGUAACAACAGGUUAUUUUUAUUGCACUAAUCACAUCAAGAUGGCAAACGUGCAGAGUAAUUAUUCACACAGUGCAGACUGUCAUAUGACAACACAUUUUUCUUGAUCUCUUACAACUCAGAGAAGAGCCAGUAGUUGAAGACACUGUAUCAAGUCAAUGAAAUCACUGAAGCAGGCUUUGGCCAAAAAGCCAGGUUACAAAGCUUUGUGACCUAUCGCAUCAGAGGCAAGGAAAUUUUACGUCAUUCAACAGUGCAUUCACUCCACUCCCGCCCACAGGAAACAGCAUUCACCAAAGCACAACGUAGAUUUCCAGCAUGUUUAAUUGAACGACAAGUUUUGUUCCACUGGCUCCGCGUAGAGCGCUUUACCGCCUUCCGUGCGGUUUCUGCAGUGUGGUGCGCUGCACCCCGUCAUACUGGAAUACAAGUGCCAGUACGAUGUGUUUCGUAUCACUUCACCAAGGUCCUUGACUUCACAUCGUCGAAUACCGUACCUGAAAACCGCAGCUGCUCCUCUGAACGCACGAUCUACGGUCCGCUGAUCACGAUGGCGAUAGCACUGACGGAAACGACGAGUUCUCAUGAGUCGGCGAUGCGCCCGUCAAGUUGGCUUCGCAGCGGCGCGGAUCAUUUGACGUCAUUUUUCGCGCUCUGCCAAUAGCGGUGCGAGCGGCGCCGGAAAAGUUAUGCGCAACUCUGCUCCCUGCGGGAGCAUAUACAGGAACACUAAUAAUGGCUUGUAACGAUCGGAACUUCAUCAGUGCACCUGGUGCUGCCACCUGCGGUAGUUUUUUUCGUAUCAAUUCACCUUGCACUGCCGUCUGCAGCAGUUUGUGUUGACGCAGCACUGUCAUUUGUACUGGUUGGAUCAAGUUUUGUAGCAUUAAUAAUGACACUUGGCUGCGUGGAGAUGGGCAAGUGGCAAAUGCUUACACGCACUAGACAACUCCCAGAGGCGUUUCUGCAUAAAACUGUUUUCAAGUUGGUUCAUUAAUAGCCAAGAUAAAAAUAUUUCAGUGCCGCAAAUGCACGGUUUCAAGAGGCGAGUGUCACUGCCAACAUACUCUCUUCAUUUGCCCCCGUCUAGUCUCUGCAAGCAAGAUUCCUUCCCUGCAUUCUCUCAUACCAUAGCUGGAGGAUCGCACAAAGCAUAUGGCACGGGCCCCACCUCUCUUUUAUUUUAUUUUUUCUCUCUUUUUUUAAUGUGAAAGCAUUACAUGGCUUGCGAGGCAGAAAAUCCAACAUAGUUGCAGGCGUUUGCAUCACCAAAGUCGUCGUACCCUCAACUUUUGGUGGGAGUCGAACCCACAACCUUGCGUGGUGCCUUGUGAUGAAUACCAUUGCUCACAUGACAUCACGGCGCUUAAGCUGACGUGGUUGCUGUAGUUGCAUGGUUGGAAUGAUUGCUUUCACAUUCAUCCAUGUGGGGAGUACUUAAUGUCCCCCUUUUUUUUUUUUUUUUUUCUUCUUUUUUUUGCGGGCUCCCAGACUAGCUGUUGCAUUUGUCGCGUUUCACGCUGUGCACGAGAACAUCCGACUAGUGAUAUAAGACAGUGCUACAAGAACACUAAGGCAGACACAAGCAGAUCACAGCAUGAUUGUGCACUAGAACACGGUAGGAAAUUAGUUUCACUCUCUGUGGAAAGAGUUUCACUCUCGAAACGGAAGUACAUCGCUCUUGUAAGAAGUAAAGCAAAGACAUGCAGACAUUCAGUUUGUAAGUUUUAUUAUUUAUCUAAACUUUAAUUAAUCUUAAAGCAACAGAUAAUAAAAAUGCUGGCUCUCCUUUAAGAGCAGAUGUAAGCAUGAAAGAGCUACCGUCAAAGCGGAUUAGUUAGAGUAACUACGGUUACAACCAUCUGUGGCACGCCAAACACUGCCGGCCUGAUCACACAGCAUGGAACUCAUGUACAACUCUCGUUGAAAAGAGCACAGGCAACCCUGUCUCAGCACCAAAAGACAAUCAAGCAUAUGGUGCAUAGUAUCUGCCUUUUGAACUGGAAAUUGCAAAACUUCAGCGUACUAGAAGUUACAGCUUGAGUGAUAUUGUGAAGAAACAUUAGGAAGAACUUGGAAGCAAUAUUUUUUUUAACUUUGGGCAGUAACUAGCGUAUGGAAUGCGGUCCUGUACAAAGGGUUGGGAACUAAAGACAGCGCGUAGUGGUGUAAUACAUUGCAGGCUUGAUCAUUCGCACAUUGUUUGCACAGCGCUUGUCAAUUUGAAAUGACCAGAUCAGGUGACGGGCCCUUUAACUCUCGCGUGUGACAAAAGGUCUUUCCUUACACAGGUAAAAAGAACAACCAGAGUUGCCCUUUAAUACUUGCAAGUUUCAGUUUAGUGUUAGCUUCAACCAAUGUGUUGGAGAUGUGAAAGGUACACCUGGCUGUAUUUGCUAUGAAACAUCUUGCUAGUUGGGCUGCUGUGUGUGCUGUUAGCACUUUGUGCCAUUCUUGUCUGGUUUGCUUUGGCGACUGCUUAUGCUGUCUAGGUUUGUUAAAGUUGAUUUGCAACAUGUUAUAGUCAGUGUUUAAGCAAUAAAAUACUUUAUAUACCUCA